CCGUCCUGCUCCUCUGCCAGGUCUCCAGGCAGGGUCUGGCCGAGGGCCCGCCACUGCCUCCAGGAUGGCGCGAUGGCUGCCCCGCUCCACCGACCUGACCCGCUUCUGCCAGAAACUCAACCGGGUGAAGACCCUGGAGGAUGACAUGAUGGAGACAUCCUUCAACAGAUGCCUUUCCACCAUUGACCUGACGCUGCUGGGCAUUGGGGGCAUGGUGGGCUCCGGGCUGUACGUCCUCACAGGCACCGUGGCCAAGGAGAUGGCUGGCCCUGCCGUCAUCGUCUCCUUCAUCAUUGCGGGCUUUGCCUCACUCCUGGCUGCUCUGUGCUAUGCUGAGUUUGGAGCCCGUGUUCCCAAGACAGGCUCUGCCUACAUGUUCACCUACGUGUCCGUGGGGGAGAUCUGGGCCUUCCUCAUCGGCUGGAACGUGCUGCUGGAGUACAUGAUCGGGGGAGCCGCAGUGGCCAGGGCCUGGAGCGGUUACCUCGACUCCAUCUUCAACCACAAGAUAAAGAACUUCACCGAGACCCAUGUGGGCACCUGGCACGUGCCAUUCCUCGCUCACUACCCUGACUUUCUGGCAGCUGCAAUCCUGCUGGUUGCCACCACCUUCAUCUCCUUCGGGGCCAAAGUGUCCUCCUGGCUCAACCAUGUGUUCUCGGCCAUCAGCAUGGGUGUCAUCCUCUUCAUCCUCAUUAUGGGCUUCAUCCUCGCGCAGCCCAAGAACUGGAGUGCCCAGGAGGGUGGCUUUGCCCCAUACGGGCUGUCGGGCAUCAUGGCCGGCACAGCCACCUGCUUCUACGCCUUCGUGGGCUUCGAUGUCAUUGCGGCCUCCAGCGAAGAGGCCAGGAACCCUCAGAGAGCUGUCCCCAGGGCCAUUGCUUUCUCCUUGGGGCUGGCCACCGGUGCCUACAUCCUGGUGUCGGUGGUGCUGACGCUGAUGGUGCCCUGGCACACGCUGGACCCGGACUCUGCCCUGGCAGAUGCGUUCUACAGGAGGGGUUAUGCCUGGGCAGGGUUCCUGGUGGCUGCUGGCUCCAUCUGUGCAAUGAACACGGUCCUGUUGAGCAACCUCUUCUCCCUGCCACGCAUUGUCUACGCCAUGGCCGAGGAUGGGCUCUUCUUCCGCGUCUUCUCCCGCGUGCAUCCCCGCACACAGGUGCCCGUUGUUGGCAUCGUGGUCUUCGGGUUGCUCAUGGCACUGCUGGCCCUUGUCUUUGACCUGGAGGCCCUGGUGCAGUUCCUGUCCAUCGGUACGCUGCUGGCCUACACCUUUGUGGCUGCCAGCAUCAUUGUCCUGCGCUUCCAGCAGCAGAAGGGGGAUGUCCGUGCGCCAGCGGCUGGUGGCCGGCCCAGCCCCGAGCCCCACGAGGGCCCAUCUGCCGGUGAGCUGAAGGAGUACGAGUCCUUCUCCGACAAGCUCCAGCUGGUGGACAGGGACAAGAGCAAAGAGCACCGGGAGCCAGGGCAGCUGAAAGCAACUUUUGAGCCCUACCUGGAGUUCCUUAGCGACUUCUACCCAGGGGAGGUGGUCACGGUGGCUGUGGUGACCUUGAUGGUGUCAGCCAUCUGCCUAUGCUCCAUCCUGGUGUUUGGCAGCACCCACCUCCACCUGCCCACCUGGAGCUACUCCCUGCUGCUGGUCCUCUUCAGCCUGGGCUUCCUGCUCAGCCUCCUGCUCAUCUGGGCGCACGAGCAGCAGCACGGCACACAGACCUUCCAGAUCCCCCUCGUGCCCCUGUCUCCAGCGCUGAGCAUCCUCCUCAACAUCUAUUUGAUGCUGAAGCUCAGCUACAUGACGUGGCUCCGCUUUGCCAUCUGGCUGCUCCUCGGGCUGCUCGUGUACUUCGGUUACGGCAUCUGGCACAGCAAGGAGAACCUGCGGGAGCCGCGGGAGCAGCGCCUCAGCGCCCGCUACGUGGUGUUCCCCAGCGGCAGCCUGGAGGAGAGGGUCCAGCCCGUGCAGCCCAGCGCCCAGCCCGCCAGCCUGCCCGACACCGACACCGCCGACGGCAAGAGAUGACCCCCCCGGGGCACGGGGGCACCGGGCUGCGGGAGCACCUGAGCCCCUCCCCAUGGCAGGGCCAGAGACCCCCCCUCCUCCUCCUGGUCCCUUCGAUAGUGGAGCUGCCAGGUCUGCCCUGGGCACGUGGCUCCAUGUGAUGAGGAUGCUCACCCUUCCUGUUCCCCUCAGAGUGUGUGUGUGUGUGGCUGGCUCCCUCCCUGCCCAUCCCCAGCGCCCAGUGCCUGCCCUACUCACAAGGAGCUGCAUCCUCACCACCUUUCCCUGAGCAAACCCAGGCACUGUGCAACAGAUCUCCUUGUUGCCAGCCCAUCCACACAGCCAGGGAUGCUGAGGACCCCUGGGGAUUGGGACAGGCACCCCACUACUGCCCAUCCUGGGUCUCAUCCUGGCUGCAGCCCUGCAGACCCCUCUACCUGAUGCUGUGCCGCCUGGGGAGGGAGACGGGACAAACAUGCUUCCCUGUUGGCAUUCCCACUGUCCCCAUCCCCAGGGCCACAUUCCUGAAUGUCUAGAGCUGAGGAGGCUGAGGAGCAUAUGGGGACAUGGGAUGGAGAAGGAACAUGGCUGGAGUGACUGGCUGGGCAGGGACCCUCCAGCAGAAUCCCAACUUCACCUUCCCAGCUGGCAUCAGCCAUGCCCAGCUGGAGGGUGAUGCCAGGGCCAGGCUCCUGCCCCAGCCCUGGGUGUAGGUGCUCAGGACCCUGGGUUUGUUGUCUUGUCCCCAGAGGUCCCCAGCAGUGCCCUGGGUUGGGCUCCCUCUUUCCCCUGCACCCCAAUAGCACAGCCUGCCCUGCCCUGCUGUGGGGGGCUCAGCUCCCUGUAAUGCCCCCUCCAUGCUCUCUGUGAGUUGGGACGGGCUCUGUGGGUGCUUUUUGUUGUUGCCCCACCCUGGCUGCCAUGGUGUCGUGGGAUGGCCUAUGGGGUGACGCUCUGUGGCCACCCCAGGCUCCUUGCCUAUGGGCAGACUCAAGUGGAAGAGUUGGGGUUCAGCCAGCACAAUUUGGAAGGAGGAAACAACCCAUCGAGCAGGAGAUUGCUGAUUGCCAGGUCCUGCAGCAGGGACACCAUGCUCCCUGUCACUGCAUCCUGCGAGGAGCCAGGCACCACGGGUAAGCUGGUCCCAUUGCUUCUUGCUGGCCAGUCCCUGGGCAGGCUGGGGGUCUCUAUAGGAUACACCAGCUCCCUGGUGAACCCUCUGCUGCCAGUGCUGCUCCGUGUCCUGCCUCAUCCUCGUGCUGCUGCUGCAAUGGAGCAGCGUCUCUCUGCUGUGCCAUGGCCCUGCUUGGCACCUCUGUGUAGUGGCUUGUGAGCAACGGGCUGCCUGGUCACCCUCAUAAAUGCUGGUUCUCUGA